CUGAUACAUCAAAAAGGCGACGUUCGCGCGUACCACCGCUGCGCACUCAUCUGGCAGCGAGGCGCUGUUCUCGACAUCGCCUGAGUCGCAUUGAUCGAAGCUGCAACCCAUAAGCUACAAAGCUGCACAGAUUUUAAACACUGCACACGAGAGCAACUGCAGCCAUGGCCGACGACGACACCGCGGCCCUCUACGCCUUGACGCCGCUCGACGGCCGCUACGCCGGCCGCGUUUCAAAAAUAAGGGACUACUUCAGCGAAGCAGCCCUCAUCAAGGCGAGAGUAAGGGUCGAGGUCGAGUACUUAGCCAGUCUGUCGCAAGUAAUACCAGCUUUGGGGGAUGUCUUCGAGGGAGACAAUCUUACAAGGUGGCGCGCCGUCGCCGCGACUUUCGGCCCCGAGGACGCGCAGCGCGUGAAGACGAUCGAAGCUACCACGAACCAUGACGUCAAGGCCGUAGAAUACUACCUGAAGGAGCAGUGGGACGCCCUCAAGCUCCCUCCCGUAGGAAGGGAGUACAUCCACUUCGGGCUGACGUCCCAGGACGUGAACCACACGGCCCAGCCCUUGCUCUUGGCCGAGUGUGCCCGAGACGUGCUCAUCCCGCGCUACACGGAUUUGAUAACAGCGCUGAAGGAGCGCGCCUGGAGGUGGCGCGACGUCGCCAUGCUCGCGCGGACGCACGGGCAGAGCGCGUCGCCGACACGGGUCGGAAAAGAAUUUGCGGUAUUUGCUUCUCGAUUGCAAGCCUGCGUGGACCAAUUACAAGCGUGCUCCCAUUCGGCGAAGUUCGGCGGCGCGACGGGCGGCUUCAACGCCCAUAGUGUCGCGUUCCCGAGCGUGGACUGGCCGAGUUUCGGCGACGCGUUUGUGAAGUCCGUGUCGCAGGGUCUAUUAUCCAGACAAAAGCACACGACGCAAAUCGAACACUACGAUGGCUUGGCGGCUUUCUGCCACGCGCUAUGUAGAGCGAACACGGUCAUGCUGGAUCUAUGUAGGGACUGCUGGCAGUAUGUUAGUUUGGCGUACUUCACCCAGAAAUUGAAGGCCGGCGAGGUCGGGAGCAGCGCCAUGCCCCACAAGGUGAACCCCAUUGACUUCGAGAACUCCGAGGGGAAUGUGGGCGUUGCAAAUGCUGCUCUUUUGCAUCUGGCGGCCAAGCUGCCCGUUUCCAGGCUGCAGCGUGAUUUAUCUGACUCCACUGUUCUCAGAACGUUGGGCGUGCCGCUGGGCCACUCCUUCCUGGCCAUCGGGGCGUGUUUGAGGGGUCUCGGCAAGCUCGAGCUCAACACGACGCGCAUCGCCGACGACCUCGAGAGCAACUGGGCCGUCGUCGCGGAAGGCAUCCAGACGGUCUUGCGAAGGGAGGCGUACCCGAACCCCUACGAGGCCCUGAAGCAGCUGACGCGGACGGGGAAGCCCAUCGACGCGUCGGCGAUCGCGGACUUCGUUUCCGGUUUGGACGUGUCCGAGGCCGUCAAGGCCGAGCUGCGCGCGAUCACGCCGCACUCCUACGUCGGCGUCUUCGACGCGUCGGAGUUCGCGCCUUGAGAUUUCGGCGCCGGGGGGUAAGCACUAGUCCUUAAUCUCGAUACACAUCAG